CUACAACAGCAGGAAUAAAAUAUCUAACGAUUAGAAAGCAUAAGGGAGGGUAUAGGUGAGAGGCACAAGUAACAUGACGUACCGAGUGUAGGAAGUGUGAUUUUAUAGCACCUAUGCGCCACCGGACUUCAACGGGACGGUCCUGCGCAUUUGUUUUUGAAUGGUCGCCACUCGCCAGCAAGACGCACCAAAGAACACGAUCUACCAAGAUAGAUAUCAGAGAUAACUUGCUGAUACGCAUGCAUGAAGACAUUUCCGUGUGUAUGGACAGUGCUCGGAGCACAAAGCGAAUAACACUCGACUCACUGGGACACAUGCAGCCCGGGAGCGCGCUCCUUCGCCCCGAGCAUAGAGUUGGCUUCUUCGUUAACGAAACCAAAUCUAUAUUAGGCAUACAUAACAGCUGGGACCGGAUACAUCAAUUCGAAGACAGACCGAAGCACACCUCUGUUGGAUGCAUGGACCCCGCGCGUAAGCAUGGCUCUGUCUGAAGCGGGGGGAGUUGGCGGUCGCAGCAGCACACCACAAAACGGGAUAGCGCACCAUAGCCGCAGGAGAACGGCACCUGCUUCCAUGAAGAACAAUUGUAUUUAUACAUAAUUGUAUUUCUGGCUUGCAAUUUGGUUGAAUAUUCUCCGAAAUAUUCCAACGUGGUAGCCUACCCAAUGGAUUCCUAUAGUUCAACUUUGGCGACAUCCCCAAACGAACGUGGAUUGCAGCGCCUAGGUUUGGUGUUGUGAAUUCGGAACUUCGGAGUGCGGAACGAUUGCCUGGUCGUUUUUUUUUGUGUGUGGAAUCAAUUUGUUUCCCAUCAAGGCCAGCAUCAUCCGUGAACAUGCCAGAGCCAUUCUCCCCAGCACAGUUGCUCUACAUCGGAAUGGAGGUGGCUAUCGCAGUCACUUCUGUUGUGGGGAACGUGAUGGUGGUGUGGGCGGUGAAAAUUAAUAGAUCGUUGCGAGAUACCACGUUUUGUUUUAUCGUGUCUCUGGCUCUGGCGGACAUCGCGGUGGGCGCCCUCGUUAUACCUUUAGCUAUAACAAUCAGCAUCGGACUCCAAACCCACUUUUACAGCUGCUUGCUCGUGGCGUGCACGGUGCUCGUGCUCACCCAAAGUUCAAUCCUUGCCCUCCUGGCCAUAGCGGUCGACCGCUACCUCAGGGUCAAGAUCCCAACCAGCUACCGCAGGGUGGUGACCCCUCGGCGGGCUGGCCUGGCUGUGGUCCUCUGCUGGACGGUGGCUUUCAUCGUGGGCCUGACGCCCAUGCUGGGCUGGAACAACCUCUCGGGCCUCCGGGAGAACGGCUCCAUCAGCCCCGACCUGGUCAUCACCUGCCAGUUCGAGAACGUCAUCAGCAUGGACUACAUGGUCUACUUCAACUUCUUCGGCUGGGUCCUGCCCCCGCUGCUGCUCAUGCUGGUCAUCUACGCCGAGAUCUUCUACAUGAUCCACAAGCACCUGAACAAGAAGAAGGGCGCCGGCGGCCACUCGGACCCCCACAAGUACUACGACAAGGAGCUCAACCUAGCCAAGUCGCUGGCCCUGGUGCUCUUCCUCUUCGCCGUCAGCUGGCUGCCGCUCCACAUCCUCAACUGCAUCACGCUGUUCUGCCCCCAGUGCCAGACGCCGAUGUUCCUCCUCUACAUCGCCAUCCUCCUCACGCACGGCAACUCCGCCGUCAACCCCAUCGUCUACGCCUUCCGCAUCAAGAAGUUCCGCACCGCCUUCCAGAAGAUCUGGGAGCAGUACUUCUGCUGCAAGGAUGUGUCGGCGCUGGAGAUGCAGGCCAGCGAGAGGAAGGAGAUGCCGGAGCCAGACCCGAGGCAGGCGGCCGCGCCCCCGCCACCGCUCCUGCUCAAGGACAUGCCAAACAACGGUCCCCCGAAACCACAGUCGCCAACCCCCCGACACCCGCUGGAGCUGGGCCCUAAGCAAGCACUGUCCAUACUGGAGCAUAACUCUGUGUAAGGUGGCCAGCGGGGAUCCCGGUCGGGUGAUGAUGCGUUACUUGGAUGCCCUCUCACGCUGGAUGUAUUCCCGUGAGGGGAAGGAGUCGGUCCAACCUCCAAAAUGCUUGGAUGCUAAAUAGUCACAGACUACGAGCAUGACAUUGGCGCCUAGCAGUUUAACAAUAUAUGAAUUGUGUAUCUACACUAUACACGCGGAAUGUGUGUGUUAGUGUGUUUGACGGUACAAAAGAGUGGAAGACAAGGAGGGAGAUUGUGAUUUGAGCAGGAGUGCAACAACUAUGGCAAUGAGGGUAUACAUUAAUUUGCAAUAAUGCACCUCUCUUUGACGAUAAGGUGUCCAUUUUAGACUUAGACUUUAGGACAUUUGUUAUCUUUAUCUACAAGGUUUUUUCUUCUGUAUAUAAUGUCAACUCGUCCAUGUGGCCAUUACAUAGUGUGCAAUGUAUAUGAAUGUUAUUGUUCUGUAUCCGGAUUCAAGAUCGUAUUAACACAAGAUGAUGGGAUUUGCAACAGGGAUUAAUUUACAACCUAUUGUAGUGGUGAUAGACAAGAUCUGUCUCGCUACACAAACGUGAGUGCUGGUUUGAACUGUCAAUGGCUGAAGAAAUAUGAAUGUAAUGAUCAUGUAACUUCUAAUACUGUAGCAAAAGACUGUUUCUGUGGCGUGCUGUGAGCAUCCUCCUCGCAUCCUUCAGGGGCCCCAGAGGCCUUGUGGGCCCCUACCUGGCGGACGGUGAACCAUCCUUGGAAGAGCCAACUGGGACAAAGAGAUGUGCUGACAACGGGACUUUGGAAUCCCUCUUCUAUUAUUAUUAUCUGGGGGUUUGAGUCCCACCGUUUACCAGUAGCUGGGUUCAGGUGCAGAGUGGACAACUGUGAGGUAUGGACAAUGGACAUACAAUGUUCUCUCAGAGGCUGUGUCUGAGCAUACGUUCUGUGUAUAGAGGGAGGGAUCAAAGCUACGCUUCUGAAAAAUGUUGCACUAAAUGUUUACAGAUGCACCAACGUACAAGCAAAACUGUGCAUGUGCAAAACACACGCACAAAGCACUCAAACACAUACACAUCGACACACACAAACACACACACACACACACACACACACAUAUACAUGCACAGUGCGCACAUACACAUGUUCACAGAAGCACCACCAUAAUUCAGUGUGAAUUGCAAACUGUUAUCUGAGGGAGCUUGCAAUUUCCUUUCAUCCUGAGUAGGACAUUUUUCUGGGAAACGAGGCAUCCAUAGCCUGGAUGCUUAGUUUUCUGGUGUACUCAUGUUCAAAAAUAGUUGACAUUGUGACCAUCUUUACAACAGUGCUAUAUCAUCAAUGUACAGAACGCAAAGCGUGUGUCAUCAGACAAAGACAUUUACCUUUUAUUUUGUACUUUAAUGGCAAAAAUGCAAAGGAUGUAAAGUUUCAUUCUGUGGUUUUGAAACUGGUGAGAGCGUCAACACAGAUGUUUUCGCAAACUGAGUAACAAUCCCUGAGGCCAGUUUUAGCUGUCCUUGACAACUGUGUUGUCAAUGCUUUUCUGUGGAGUUACAGUGAACACAGAAGCCCUAAUGCUGAGAUUAUAUCGAUUUUACAUAUUGUCAGAAACAAGAAUCGUUCAUGCAAGUCACACUGUAUGUAUCUUGACGGGCUCAUUAAGUAUCAAGGCCGGUUGUCCUGUACAUAGCACACUUGAGGGUAAAAGUGAAUGAAUAAAGAUAAAAUGAAAAGAUUUUUUUCCCUCCACAGUACCAAGAGUGCUUUACUACUUAAUGCAUUGCAUGUAUGUGCCAUUU